AUGCGUGCGCUUCGAUCUGAGCUCAAGGAACUGCUGGCAGAGUACAGAUUCGACGAUAUGCGCCACAAACUAGAGUCGGUUUUCGAUGCUGAAGUGAAUGGCGGCGGCAAUGAUGCAGAGACGAGAAUAAGCAUCCAUCUGAAUCUCUCAGAAGUCGGACUGCUCAGCCGUGACUGGCUGUCUGCGCUCCAGCAUCUCGCCUUUGCACUGUCCAUCAGAUCCGGCAUGCUUCGUCGUCCAGCGCUGCAUUCCACGAUUGCUUUCACCGCCAGGAUGGCGACGAGGAGUUUACAGGCCAACGAUAUGUACAAAGCCUUUGCCUGCAUGAGAUCACUUCUCGAGAUUGCGAAUCGCUGUUUCGCAGAGCCGUCGGUCGUGUGCGACGCUCUAGACAACCUAGUCGACAUACUCCACGAAUACGGACCUCUGAAAAACUGCGAGCUUUCAUCAACCUUUUUGCAUGCUCGCCGGAUGGUAUACUCCAAGAACGAUGGAUCGGAGCUGAAGAACCUGGAAGCACUGGCCGAAACGGAGGUGCGGGUUUCGAAACCUGGAGAUAAGAGCGAAAUGAGGCACACUGUUACCUCCUUGAUUACGGUGCUCUUGAUGCGAUUGCGAUCAGCCUUUGCAAGAUUUCGAACUGGCGAUGAGGAAACUUGUCGUAAGAAAAUGAUACAGCUUCAAGAUGCCUUCUUAUCGGAUGCCAAACUCGACGACAUGUCAGAGGAUGUCCUCCGAUACAGUGAUACGCGACUUCUCCUCCAGAUAAUGCGUCAAGCCGGCAGAGAUCUCCUCGAGGGGAAGUCGAUUCGCAAACCGGGAAUCCAAGAUGUCUUCUCCAUUGCAGCGAAUGGUUCAGGAGAAGAAAUAUUGCGGUUCAACACGGAUUUCGUGGACAUCUUGCUUCAGGCAGCAGGAUACAAAACAACCACCUUCGACGAUUUUCUCGGAAUCGCAAAAUUGCACGCAGAUGCACCUGAGCUGUCGUCGACACGACCUGAGUCUCUUGGGCCGUCUGACGACCCAAGCUAG